AUGAUUUUUUCCACGUUUGGCGUCGUUUUGUUGAAGAUUUUGGUGCUUUCGAGUCUUUACAAUUUAGCUAAAGGCAAAAAAUUCGAAGAAUCUCCUGAUUAUGCUAGCACCAAUCCCUUAUACUUAUCAAGAACUAUGUCAUUUGCCAAACGUUACAAACCGGUGGAUAUCGGCAUUGGUGCACCGAAUUUCGCUCCGCCCGAUUUCAUGAGGGAGGCUUUCAUCAACGUGUCGCUCAGUCCCGAUUAUGCCGUGCACCAGUACACUCGGAGCGAGGGUCAUCCGAGACUAGUCAAGAUCUUGUCAAAAAUCUAUUCGCCCCUCGUUAAUCGCGAGCUCGAUCCAUUCGACAAUUUUGUGGUCUCGAUCGGCGCGACCAAUUCGAUUUUUUGCGCCCUGCAAAGUCUCACGCACGAUUCCGAUGACGAGUGGAUCGUGUUCGAGCCUCACUGGGAGCAUUACACGGCUAUGAUAAAAAUGGCCGGUGCCAAAGUCAAAGAAGUGCCCUUGAAACCGAAAAAAGACAAAUAUUCGAGUGGAGAUUCGCCGAGCUCGUCCGAUUGGACCUUCGAUCGAAAGAAGUUACGCAAGGCGUUCGGUAAGAAAACCAGGGGUGUCGUUCUGAACAAUCCGAAUAAUCCGACCGGCAAAGUUUUCAAUCGAGAAGAAUUGACGUUCAUUGCCGAUCUCGUGAAGAAAUGGGACGUGAUCGCAUUGGUUGAUGAAGUCUACGAGUGGCUUGUGUACGGUGGCCAUCAACAUAUCAGAUUCGCCAGUUUGCCAGGAAUGUUCGAGAGAACCAUCACAGUGGGAGCCGCCACAAAAACAUACUCGGUCACGGGUUGGCGAGUCGGUUGGGCUUACGGACCAGCUUACUUGAUGAAUUACAUGAAAAAAUCGAUAUUCGGAGCUAUCGGCGACAACGUGACCCCGAGUCAGGAAGCCGUUGCGAUAGGUCUCGAGCGAGUCUGGGCUGAAAGGAGCCGAGCGAAUUCUUACCUUGUCAGGUACCCAAAAAAAUUACAGAUAAAAAGAGAUCGUUUGGUCAGGGCUCUGUGCAAAGCUGGUUUCGUUACGCAUGUACCAGAGAGCGGCUACUUCUUGUUAGCCAAUUGGACUGGGAUGAAGUCAUUGCCCAGCUAUCUCGUCGGCAAUACAACCGAUUCUAAGAAGGACGUCGAAUUCGUAAAAUAUUUGGUCAAGGAGGUCGGUUUGGAAGUUUAUCCGGGCUCGCCUUAUUUCGGUGAAAAGCAUCAGUCCAAGGGUAGCGAUUUCGUGCGAGUUUGCUUCGUCAAGACCGACGGGACUUUGAACAAGGCUGUGGACAUUUUAACAAAUUUGUGAGGAUGUACGAAACUUUUUCCAUGUCCUGCCUGAG